UCCCCUUUUUCUUCGGUGUCUGUCCAGAAAGACCACUUUAGAUAAUAAAAAGGAAAGAGUUUCAGUUUCAGGUCACUCACAUCCACCGAUCACUCAUUAUUAACACCUUUUCCUCCUUCAAUUACCCCUAAACUUUCCUUCUUCUUCUUCUAUUCUCUAUUUAACAUCAACAACCCUAACACAAACACAACCAAAAACACAAACACACACAUCAACAAAACCACAAAACCCUAUCACCACCACCACACACUUCACUUUCUUGGAUCUGUAGAUCCAAACGUUGUUGAUUGCUCUGUUUGUUCUGCAACCUAGUACUAGUACUGCUCUUACCAACAACUCUGUGCUGUUGUGUUCUGUUAUUUUAUUCACCUGUUUGUUUGUUUGUAUUUAUUUCCAGGAACCGUUUUUGUCGCCAGUGGUUGUUUUCUUCUUGUUAACUGAAAUUCAUUAUUCAACCUUGGAUUUCUCGAAUUUUAAUGUUUGAUUGAUUGGUAAGGUAACAAAUAUAUGUGUAUGUAUAUAUAGAUACACAGACACAUACAUAGGUGAAGAAGAGAUUGCAUCCAUUUUUUGGAUGUGAAGGAAAUUGGUGGUUGUUUUGGGGUGAAAUGAGGGAUGCUAUCAAGGUUGAUGGACUUUCUGUGCGCCUGCUGGCGGCGAAGAUCCUCGGACGGCAAGGGUGGUUCCGAUGUUUCGGGGAGGAAGGAAGGGCUGCUGUGGUACAAGGAUGUCGGGCAGCACUUGUUUGGUGAAUACUCAAUGGCUGUUGUUCAGGCAAAUAACUUGCUUGAGGAUCAGAGCCAGGUUGAGUCUGGUCCUCUUAGCUUGCUUGAAAAUGGUCCUUAUGGUACCUUUGUUGGUGUUUAUGAUGGUCACGGUGGACCUGAGACUUCGCGCUACAUUUGUGAUCGUCUCUUCCAACAUUUAAAACGUAAUGGUUUUUUUUUUUUAAAAAGAUUUGCGUCUGAGCAGAAGUCCAUGUCAGUGGAUGUUAUUAGGAAGGCGUAUCAAGCCACGGAAGAAGGUUUUCUGUCAGUGGUUACUAAAGAGUGGCCUAUGAAUGCCCAGAUUGCAGCAGUGGGAUCUUGUUGUUUGGUUAGUGUAAUUUGUGGCGGUGUCCUCUAUGUUGCUAACCUUGGGGAUUCUCGUGCUGUGCUUGGGCGGGUUGUCAGAGCAACUGGGGAGGUUCUGGCGAUCCAACUUUCCUCGGAGCAUAAUGUGGCCAUAGAAUCUGUGAGACAAGAGAUGCAUUCUUUGCAUCCGGAUGAUCCGAAAAUCGUGGUUCUAAAGCACAAUGUAUGGCGGGUGAAGGGUCUGAUUCAGGUUUCUAGAUCCAUUGGAGAUGUAUACCUUAAAAAGGCAGAAUUUAACAAGGAACCAUUGUAUGCUAAGUUUCGUCUUCGGGAAGCUUUUAAAAGGCCAAUUUUAAGCUCUGAUCCAUCAAUUUCUGUUCAUGAACUUCAACAGCAUGAUCAAUUUCUCAUAUUUGCAUCUGAUGGUCUUUGGGAACACCUUAGCAAUCAGGAUGCUGUUGAUAUAGUUCAAAAUCAUCCACACACUGGAAGUGCUCGGAAGCUCAUCAAAGCUGCUUUGCUGGAAGCAGCAAAAAAGAGAGAGAUGAGGUACUCUGAUUUGAAGAAAAUUGACCGCGGUGUUCGCCGGCAUUUCCACGAUGACAUCACUGUUGUAGUUGUAUUUCUUGAUUCCAAUCUUGUCAGCAGAGCCAGCUCACUAAGAGGUCCUCCUUUAUCAGUGAGGGGAGGUGGUGUUCCCCUACCUUCUAGAACUCUGGCUCCCUGCGCUGAACCUAUGGAACUUAAUUCUAGUUGAUGAAGCUGGCAGAAUGAUCUGUUACGUUUGUAUGUAGUGUUGAACCCUUUGCAGACAUUGAGCUCUGGUUACCCACCAUCUUGUAUAUCCAAUUUAACAGAGAUUGAAAAAACAUGCGGUCAAUUAAUACAGUGUAACAAGUAACUUGGGGCAUGUAGCUUGCGUGAGGAAAGCAUCAUAGAAAUUGAGCACCAAAGCCAAAUGUGACCUUGAAUAUUUGAUCAUUCAGAGGCAAAGCUUUCUGCAUCUCAGAUUUUUCUCAUCCAAUGGGAAAUGACUUCUUUAAACUUUUACGUGCACUCUGUUGAAUGCAUAACUAGUUUGUCGCUCGCACAAUAGGAAAACAUCAUACAUUAAUAUCCAAAGUUCCUAUUGUUUGUUAUCCAUAUUUGUUUUUGGUUCUGUUUGCUAUAAGGCUAAAACACUAAAGGAUGGUGAAUGCGAAAUUUGGAACUGGUGAUAGGUAUGGAAGGAAAAAAG